GGUGACCUUCAGGGUUCAGGGCAACAGUGUUGACUACUCAUGGACCUAAUUGAACACCUGGGGCAGAGUUCACUGUAACACCCACGGUUGUAUUUUUCUAAAUUUUUAAAUUUCUUUUCUAGUUUUUAACCUCAGUACAAAUUAAAUGGUUUAAUAUUUGAGGCCAUUGCAAGGACAAAAAUGGAUGAUUGGCAAGUGACAUCAUGUUGUUCCACACAAUGUAAGUGGUGAACAAAAAUGUAAAGCCUCAGUUAUUAGUAAUGUAGAAGGUUCAUGAUAUACAGUACAUGUUUUAAACAUCAUUUAAAAAAUGUUUUCAUCCCAGUCUCUGAGUGUUUCAUCUUUAAGCAGACUCCACAUUUCUGAACUGCUUCAGCAUACUGCUCAGCUGGUUCCCCCCAUAUGGCUAUAUGUGAAGGAUGGAUGUGGCUGUCAGUAAAAGCCAUAAUAGGAGUGGCUCAGCCUGGAAUAGUCCUGAGCUGAAUGGGGUGUUCCCUCCACUCACAGCCUAGACUCAUGUUUCCAAUGGGGAUUUAUGGUUGUCAGGAAGGCACAUGGGAAACAGCAGAGGUGUGAGCAGUAUCAUUACAAGAGCACAAAUCAGUGGAGCAUGGAAACGACCUAUCUGGGAGCUAAAUUGUUUCAACUUAGCUUUACCCUUGUGGGGAUAUUUUCUGGAGCUCUUUUGGUGACAGGAGUAUUUCUCUUGUAAUGGAUAUUUAGUGAUGUGGGUUAGAUAUGACCAACUCUGUAGGUUCCAACUCUUGGAUCUUGAGUUUUAGCUGCUGUGGUUCCUACUGUGAUCCUUCUUCUAAUAAAGCAGGAAUAUUUCAUUUCAAUUAAAAAAAAAAACAUUUGAAAAAAAAUUUGAUCAGGCACACUUUCUAAUAAUCUUCUGUUGAGUAUUUUUGCGAUUGCUACUUCUGCUACUAAAAUGUAAGCAAUAAUAAAUAAUGAUGAUAACAAUAAUAAUAGUAACAACAACAAUAACAUUAAUAAAGAACAAAUAGGUUCAUAGUCAUUAACCAUCACAUUAAUGCAUGGAUGCAUGGAUGCAUGGACAACUGGAAGUUCUCUGCUCCUCCUGUCUGCUCAGUCACAGGUGCUCCUCAUCCCAUCCUUGCUCUCCGCCCUCUCCGCCGCCACAACUGCGCUCAUUCGCUCUCGCCAACAGCCCGGAUGUAGCGCACAGGAGCGCGCAGUCCUCCACUCCAGAAUAACAUGGCGCUGGCAGACACUUGGCAGUGCCCACCAUAACAUUAUUACUAUCCACAGCAGCGGGCCAGGCGUAGUGCAGGAGGGACAUGUGAGCUCCUCGACACCAGCACCAGCAGGGAGAGAGAACAAAGACGAAGACAUGACAAAGAAGUCAGCUAGGAGUAACAGCAACCAGAAUAGCGGAUGGACUAGACAUUUCCAAGGAUUGCCAGGGUUUUCCAGCAUGUUUGGGAAGAAGAAGAAACGGCUGGAGAUCUCAGCUCCGUCCAACUUUGAACACCGGGUCCACACGGGCUUCGACCCACGAGAGCAGAAGUUCACAGGGCUGCCGCAGCAAUGGCAGAGCCUUCUGGCCGACACUGCCAACCGCCCCAAGCCCAUGGUGGACCCCUCCUACAUCACCCCCAUCCAGCUGGCACCAAUGAAGAUAUCUCCCAAGAUUGUGCGGUCGUCUGAAACGCCGUUGCCCAAAACCAUAGUGCGAGGUAACAGACCACCCAAAGAUGCAUCCAUUAACGGCCUGCUGGAGGAGUUUGAUAACAUCUCAGUGACGCGCUCAAACUCUCUACGCAAGGAGAGCCCGCCUGGUCCACAUCAGGCUGGAGGCGCCUCGUCUAAACCCUCAGGCAGUGGUCAUCCCAACGCUCCGGAGGAAAACGGAUUUAACCACUACUACUCCCGCUACUCCUGUGACUUGGACACUUCCAGCAGCCGCUUCUCUCUGGAUCCUAGUAAACCCAGCUUCUCCGUAGAUGGGGAGUGGGCCGUGGGGAGGCAUUAUCGGUUCACCAAACAAAAUGGACAUUCACACCCCAUACGCAGCCCUUUCUAUCCGGACGCUAUGCCUCAAAAGUCAGAGUACGGGAAACUGCCCCCGGACUACCACGCCUACCUGGAGAGCAAAGGGCGCUCAGGUGACGAGGUGGCCUCCACUGUGGGCAGUGGGGUAGGUUCCAGUGGAUACUAUAGGGCCUCUGUGGGAGGCUCGUCCAGCCAGGACUACCGGGACACUUCUGUUGGCACACCGUCACGUGCCUCGCUACACAGUGAGCAGAUUAACUACCCGGACAGCGAGUGGAGCUACGGCGGCCUACGGGACGAUUACGACAAGAGACCCAAGAGUUCUUAUGUGGCACACACAAGCCCAACACCAGCUAUUAGGCAGCGAUCCCGAUCAGGAUCUGGGCUGCAAGAGCCAAAUGUUCCCUAUGCGGCCAGUGGGACAUUCAAGAACCCUCCUCCGACCCAUUCUUACAGCUCCUACACGUACCCUCGACUCUCCGAGAGCCUGGGUAACUCCCAGACCAUGACAAAGGGAGAUUAUGAACGUCCAUCACGUGACUGCAGCCCCCACGUUACAGGUGGGGAAACCUACCCCCGAGGGCCUAUAAAGCUACCUCAGAGCCACACAAAGCCGCCCGGCUACCCUCCAGCACACCUGCCCUACCCGCCGCUCUUUCACCAUUACAAGCCCUCGCCUUACCACCAUCCCCCCUCACAGCCCAGCCCUCCGUACACCCCUCAGGGGGCCUAUUCGCAGCCUUCAUCACCUUACAUUCCCCCAGGGGCUUAUCCUCCUCCAUCCUGGGGGUCAAGCUCAGACACCCAACCCUCCAGAGUGUCCCACGAGCAAUUCAGAGCUGCACUUCAACUGGUGGUCAACCCAGGAGAUCCUCGGGAAUACCUGGACAGCUUCAUAAAGAUUGGUGAGGGCUCCACGGGCAUUGUGUGUAUCGCCAGCGAGAAACACAGUGGAAAGCAGGUGGCCGUGAAGAAGAUGGACCUUCGGAAACAGCAGAGGAGGGAGCUGCUCUUUAAUGAGGUGGUGAUCAUGAGGGACUACCACCAUGAGAACGUGGUGGACAUGUACAACAGUUACCUGGUGGGAGACGAGCUGUGGGUCGUCAUGGAGUUCUUGGAGGGCGGGGCGUUGACUGACAUUGUGACUCACACCAGGAUGAAUGAGGAGCAGAUUGCUACAGUGUGUCUGUCAGUGCUGAGAGCUCUGUCCUACCUGCACAUGCAGGGUGUCAUCCACCGCGACAUCAAGAGCGACUCCAUUCUCCUGACUAGUGAUGGAAGGAUCAAAUUGUCAGACUUUGGCUUUUGUGCUCAAGUUUCCAAAGAGGUGCCCAAGAGGAAGUCUCUGGUUGGUACACCCUACUGGAUGGCACCAGAGGUCAUCUCCAGACUGCCUUACGGGACUGAGGUGGAUAUCUGGUCUUUGGGUAUCAUGGUGAUUGAGAUGGUGGAUGGUGAGCCUCCAUACUUUAAUGAACCUCCACUGCAGGCCAUGAGGAGAAUACGAGACAACCUGCCUCCACGGCUAAAAGAAUCACACAAGGUGUCCUCGGUGCUGCGAUCCUUCCUGGACCGGAUGCUGGUGAGGGAGCCCACACAGAGGGCCACAGCCCAGGAACUCCUUCAGCACCCCUUCCUCAAAAUGUCCGGUCCUCCUUCCUGCAUCGUCCCACUGAUGAGACAUUACCGCCACCGCUGACAUUCUGUCCCUUUACAAGACUAAAAACACCUACAUGGCUAUUGUAUACACACUACCAAGGUGGCACUGCCCUCACCAAGCUAAACACACCACCACAUGGUGAUGCCCCACUAACACUCACACCUGUAACUGUGUCGUAGAUUAGUUUAAGGAAUAUCUAAGAUAAUACAUAAAACACACACACACACACACACACA